AUGUACUCGUCUAUGGUAGAUAUUGUCAAACACACUUUCCAAAAUACUUUGCAAACAAAAUUUUAUUUCAAAAGUGGGCAAAUUGAAGUUAUAGACCAUCCUGUGGAAUUCUAUAAAACUUUAAAAAACAAGAUUGCACAAUCGAAGGAUAAAAUAUUCAUGGCCUCUUUAUACUUGGGAAAGUCCGAAGAAGAAAUAAUACACUGUAUAUCAAAGGCCCUACAGAAAAAUGAUGAGCUAAAAGUCUAUUUCAUGGUUGAUGGGUUGAGAGGAACACGAGAAUCACCUUCGAAAUGUUCUGCCUCCUUGUUAGCUCAAUUGGUUAGAGACUAUGGAGACAGAGUUGAUGUUAGAACCUACAAAACACCAGCGAUCUUUGGAUUAAAAGAAUCGUUGGUUCCCAAAAGAUUCAAUGAGGGAUUUGGAUUACAACACAUGAAAAUUUAUGGAUUUGAUGAUGAAGUUAUCUUAUCGGGUGCUAACCUAUCAAGAGAUUAUUUUACAAAUAGGCAGGACAGAUAUUACCUUUUCAAGUUAAAACCGUUUGCUGAUUACUAUUUCAACCUCCACCAAAUGAUCAGCAAGUUGUCCUUCAAAGUACUGUAUUCUACAAAUGCUCAAAAAUACGUUUUGGUAUGGCCUGAUAAUAAUUUGGCCAGCGACCCAAGACGAAACAAAACUAAAUUUUUGGAACAGACAUCUAAACUUCUACAAACUUUUUUCAAGACACCAUUUGGGAAUAAUACUACAACUAAUACUUUAAAAGUAGGAGAACAGCAAGGAACUUUAUAUCCCACAGUAGUUUAUCCCGUUUCCCAAUUUACCCCCUUAUUUUCUGCGUCUAUUGGAGAUCAAUCCACAGAAAAACCAAGUAUACUAAAACUGUUAACCAGCACAUUGCAAAAUAGAGAUGAACAGCAACUCAAACAGAAAAGCUGGGUUUUCACAGCAGGCUAUUUUAAUAUGUUGCCUGAAAUAAAACACAAAUUGUUAAGUUCUAAGAGUGCUAAAGGUACAGUAAUUACUGCCUCGCCACAUGCAAAUGGGUUCUUUGAGUCUAAAGGUGUUUCAAAAUACUUGCCUGAUGCAUAUACUUAUUUAUCAUAUAAAUUCUUAAAAGAGGUUAGCAAGAAGGGAUAUGAAAAUUCAAUCUGUUUACGAGAAUGGAAAAGGGGGGUGGUAAACCAGCCGUCUGGGUGGUCUUACCAUGCAAAGGGCAUUUGGAUUACUGAGCCCGGUGAAAAAGAACCUUGCAUUACUGUUGUUGGUUCGUCUAACUACACUAAGCGGGCAUACAAAUUUGAUUUAGAGUCCAACUGUAUCAUAGCCACGACAGACAAAGAUUUAAAAAAGCAAAUGCAAGCAGAAAUAGAUAAUAUAAUGCAAUACACAAGUCCAGUCACUCUAAAUACCUUUAAAACUGUACCUGAAAGAAAAGUAAGCAAUGGUGUUAAAAUUGCUACAGCCUUACUAAGUGAUAAGUUAUAG